GUUGGCUGGCAUCGAGCUCCCCGGCUGCUUUUCAGGGUCCUCCACUGGAGGGAGCGCAGAGUCCAGAGGGAUUUACUUUUCCUGAGGCCCUGGGGAGCCCAGUCCCUCGUGGGCCCAAACCCCAGCCCUUGGCAGAGUUUGAGUUUGGGAGCCAAGCAGUUAGGGGUGGCAUGUCUCUGUUUGAUAUUGGGUGACUUUCUGGAGAAAAGCUGAUGCUUUUGAGGGGGGCCAGAGUAAGUGGGGGUCAGUCUCCGCCGGAGCCUGGCUCCAGGGCCUGGACCCCAGUCCUGAUCCCCCACGUGCUCCCUGACUCGGCACAGGAGGCACACAUAUUCACCCCACUUUCUUCCUCUUCCUCCUCCAGCCCACUUUCUCUUCUCUGUGUCGUCAGAGCUCCAGGGAGGGACCUGGGUAGAAGGAGAAGCCGGAAACAGCGGGCUGGGGCAGCCACUGCUUACACUGAAGAGGGAGGACGGGAGAGGAGUGUGUGUGUGUGUAUGUAUGUGUGUGUUUUAUUUUAUUUUUCUUUUUGGUGAUGGUGGUGGAAGGGGGGAGGUGCUAGCAGGGCCAGCCUUGAACUCGCUGGACAGAGCUACAGACCUAUGGGGCCUGGCAGUGCCCGCUGAGAAAGGGAGAAGACAGCAGAGGGGUUGCCUCCGAGACGCUGAGACUUCCCAACGGUGGCGCCGAGUUAACCCUCCUCGUGCUGAACUGGCUCCACCUCCCCGCCCGCCCCCACCGCCACAUCCACACAUUGGGCAACUCAGAGAAGCUGUUUUAACUUUCGAUCCUGUGGUCCCACAGUCAGAGGACUCUGGGAGGCAACCUCCAAGUCCCAGAUAAUGUCUCUGUGGGGUCUGGUCUCCAAGAUGCCCCCAGAAAAAGUGCAGCGGCUCUAUGUCGACUUUCCCCAACACCUGCGGCAUCUUCUGGGUGACUGGCUGGAGAGCCAGCCCUGGGAGUUCCUGGUCGGCUCAGACGCCUUCUGCUGCAACAUGGCUACUGCCCUACUUUCAGACACUGUCCAGCGCCUUCAGGCCUCAGCGGGAGAGCAGGGGGAGGGGAACACCAUCUUGCAACACAUCAGUACCCUGGAGAGCAUAUAUCAGAGGGACCCCCUGAAGCUGGUGGCCACUUUCAGACAAAUACUUCAAGGAGAGAAAAAAGCUGUUAUGGAACAGUUUCGCCACUUGCCAAUGCCUUUCCACUGGAAGCAGGAAGAACUCAAGUUCAAGACAGCCCUGCGGAGGCUGCAGCACCGAGUAGGGGAGAUCCACCUUCUUCGAGAAGCCCUGCAGAAGGGGGCUGAGGCUGGCCAAGUGUCUCUGCACAGCUUGAUAGAAACUCCUGCUAAUGGGACUGGGCCAAGUGAGGCCCUGGCCAUGCUACUGCAGGAGACCACUGGAGAACUGGAGACAGCCAAGGCCCUAGUGCUGAAGAGGAUCCAGAUUUGGAAACGGCAGCAGCAGCUGGCAGGGAAUGGCGCACCCUUUGAGGAGAGCCUGGCCCCACUCCAGGAGAGGUGUGAGAGCCUGGUGGACAUUUAUUCCCAGCUACAGCAGGAGAUAGGGGCGGCUGGUGGGGAGCUUGAGCCCAAGACCCGGGCAUCGCUGAUUGGCCGGCUGGAUGAAGUCCUGCGAACCCUCGUCACCAGUUGUUUCCUGGUGGAGAAGCAGCCGCCCCAGGUACUGAAGACUCAGACCAAGUUCCAGGCUGGAGUUCGAUUCCUGUUGGGCUUGAGGUUCCUGGGGGCCCCAGCCAAGCCUCCACUGGUCAGGGCUGACAUGGUGACAGAGAAGCAGGCGAGGGAGCUGAGUGUGCCUCAGGGUCCUGGGGCUGGAGCAGAAAGCACUGGAGAAAUCAUCAACAACACUGUGCCCUUGGAGAACAGCAUUCCCGGGAACUGCUGCUCUGCCCUGUUCAAGAACCUGCUUCUCAAGAAGAUCAAGCGGUGUGAGCGGAAGGGCACUGAGUCUGUCACAGAGGAGAAGUGCGCUGUGCUCUUCUCUGCCAGCUUCACACUUGGCCCCGGCAAACUCCCCAUCCAGCUCCAGGCCCUGUCUCUGCCCCUGGUGGUCAUCGUCCAUGGCAACCAAGACAACAAUGCCAAAGCCACCAUCCUGUGGGACAAUGCCUUCUCUGAGAUGGACCGCGUGCCCUUUGUGGUGGCUGAGCGGGUGCCCUGGGAGAAGAUGUGUGAAACUCUGAACUUGAAGUUCAUGGCUGAGGUGGGGACCAACCGGGGGCUGCUCCCAGAGCACUUCCUCUUCCUGGCCCAGAAGAUCUUCAAUGACAACAGCCUCAGCAUGGAGGCCUUCCAGCACCGUUCUGUGUCCUGGUCACAGUUCAACAAGGAGAUCCUGCUGGGCCGUGGCUUCACCUUUUGGCAGUGGUUUGAUGGUGUCCUGGACCUCACCAAACGCUGUCUCCGGAGCUACUGGUCUGACCGGCUGAUUAUCGGCUUCAUCAGCAAACAGUACGUUACUAGCCUUCUUCUCAAUGAGCCCGACGGAACCUUUCUCCUCCGCUUCAGCGACUCAGAGAUUGGGGGCAUCACCAUUGCCCACGUCAUCCGGGGCCAGGAUGGCUCUCCACAGAUAGAGAACAUCCAGCCAUUCUCUGCCAAAGACCUGUCCAUUCGUUCACUGGGGGACCGAAUCCGGGAUCUUGCUCAGCUCAAAAACCUCUAUCCCAAGAAGCCCAAGGAUGAGGCUUUCCGGAGCCACUACAAGCCUGAACAGAUGGGUAAGGAUGGCAGGGGUUAUGUCCCAGCUACCAUCAAGAUGACCGUGGAAAGGGACCAGCCACUUCCUACCCCAGAGCUCCAGAUGCCUACCAUGGUGCCUUCUUAUGACCUUGGAAUGGCCCCUGAUUCCUCCAUGAGCAUGCAGCUUGGCCCAGAUAUGGUGCCCCAGGUGUACCCACCACACUCUCACUCCAUCCCCCCGUAUCAAGGCCUCUCCCCAGAAGAAUCAGUCAAUGUGUUGUCAGCCUUCCAGGAGCCUCACCUGCAGAUGCCCCCCAGCCUGGGCCAGAUGAGCCUGUCCUUUGACCAGCCUCACCCCCAGGGCCUGCUGCCGUGCCAGCCUCAGGAGCAUGCUGUGUCCAGCCCUGACCCCCUCCUCUGCUCAGAUGUGACCAUGGUGGAAGACAGCUGCCUGAGCCAGCCAGUGAGAGCGUUUUCUCAGGGCACUUGGAUUGGUGAAGACAUAUUCCCUCCUCUGCUGCCUCCCACUGAACAGGACCUCACUAAGCUUCUCCUGGAGGGGCAAGGGGAAUCGGGGGGAGGGUCCUUGGGGGCCCAGCCCCUCCUGCAACCCUCCCACUAUGGGCAAUCUGGGAUCUCAAUGUCCCACAUGGACCUAAGGGCCAACCCCAGUUGGUGAUCCCAGCUGGGAGGGAGAACCCAGAGAGACAGCUCUUCUACUACCCCCACAGACCUGCUCUGGACACUUACUCAUGCCCUGCCAAGCAGCAGAUGGGGAGGGUGCCCUCCUAUCCCCACCUACUUCUCAGUCAGGAGGAAAAGACAGGAGAAUGCAUGGUGGGUGGAGCCAAUCCACUCCUUCCUUUCUAUCAUUCCCCUGCCCACCUCCUUCCAGCACUGACUGGAAGGGAAGUUCAGGCUCUGAGACACGCCCCAACAUGCCCGCACCUUCAGCGCGCACACGCACGCACACACACAGAGCUCUCUGAGGGUGAUGGGGCUGAGCAGGAGGUGGGCUGGGUAGGAGUACAGGUUAGGGCAUGGAAGGCUUCUCCGCCCACUCUGACCCAGGGCCUAGGAUGGUUAGGCAGGAACAUACAGACACAUUUACACUAGAGGCCAGGGAUAGAGGAUAUUGGGUCUCAGCCCUGGGGGAAUGGGAAGCAGCUCAAGGGACCCUGGAUGGAGCACAGGAGGGGUCUGGACAUGUGGUUACCAAUACAAGUUUUGCCCUGAUUAAAAAAUCUCCCAAAGCCCCAAAUUCCUGUUAGUGAGGUGGAGGCUUCUGAUAUGUGUAUGAGACUAUGCAAAAGUACAAGGGCCGAGUUUCUUCAUGUAUAGCUGUGUGAACGUGUAUGUACCUAAGAUAUGUUAAUGUAUAGCUGGCAUGUUAGUUGCAUGACCACAUAAAACAUGUGUCUGCUUUUGCCUGUUUGACAACACAAAUUUGGGAGUGUGAGACAUUGCACAGAAGACAGCAGCAAGUGUGCUGGCCUCUCUGACAUAUGCUAACCCAAAAAUACUCUGAAUUUGGAGUCUGACUGUGCCCAAGUGGGUCCAAGUGGCUGUGACAUCUACAUAUGGCUCCAUAUCUCCAAUGAUGCCUGGGAGCCAGGGUGAGAGUCUGGGUCCAGGCCUGACCAUGUGGCCCUCCAGUGUAUGAAGGGGCCCUGCCUGCUGUAUCUUUUCUGUUGCCCUAUCCACUGCCAGCUUCCCUUCACUCCCCCAUCCCAUGUCACCAUUUCUCCCUCUCGAGGCAGGGGUCAUAGAUCCUAAGCCAUAAAAUAAAUUUUAUUCCAAAAUAACAAAAUAAAUAAUCUACUGUACACAA